AUAUUCAUGAGCAGCUGAGGCAGGGCUGUGCCUCUGGAUUGCUUCUCCCAGGCAGCAAAGACUGACUGAGCCAUCAUCACCAUUGUACGCUCUCUAUCUGCUUCUCUUUUCUGUUGCAGGGAAUUUACUAGAAGACGGCAGGAGAAAAUACAUGGAAUAGGAUGCUCGUCUAAGCAAGAACGCCGAUUGUUUACCGCGAGCUUUAUUCUGAUGCGGAGAAGAUUGUGACUGGAUCUUUUGCUAUCUUGCAGGCAAACUGAAAGGGCCAGUCUCCUCCCAGCCUCCACCCCUGAGGUACUCAGAGAUGGAGGCCCCCUUGGUGUGCCUGGAUGAGGAGUUUGAAGAUGUGAGGUCCUACUCCGAGGACAGGGAAGAGAAGUCAAGGAGUAUCUACUUGUCACCCUCUCGACAUCUGGAGGAUGCCUCCCUCUCCGAGCUAGAGAACUUCAGCUCUGAAAUAAUCAGCUUCAAAUCCAUGGAAGACCUCGUCAAUGAGUUUGAUGAAAAGCUAAAUGUUUGCUUUCGAAAUUACAAUGCCAAAACUGAAAACUUGGCCCCAGUAAAGAAUCAUCUGCAGAUCCAAGAAGAGGAGGAACGGCUUCGGGACGAAGAGGUCUGGGACGCCCUCACGGAUAACUACAUCCCCAUAACUGGUGACAAAUGGAGAGAACACAAUGAAGAGCUACUGAAUGGGAACAUGUCUGAUUCCGAGUUCCAUGAGAAGGAGGAGGAGGAGCUGAAUGAAAAGAGUGAAAAUGAUUCGGGGAUUAACGAGGAGCCAUUGGUAACGGCAGACCAGGUGAUAGAAGAGAUCGAGGAGAUGAUGCAAAACACGCCAGACCCGGAGGAAGAACUCGAUGAAGAUGACAAUGAUCUGGAAGAGAUUUCCACCCACUCUGACUCCAUUCUCUUACAGGAGAUGCAGGCCUUGAGCAAGACCUUCAACAAUAACUGGACCGCUGAGGCAGGACUUCAACACAUGAGCAGAGAGGAGCUGACCCAACUGCUGGACCGCGUGGAGAGCGCCAUCUGCGACUACUCGGAGGAUCUGGUGCAGCAGCUGGCUAGACGGGACGAGUUGGAGUUUGAGAAGGAGGUGAAGAAUUCCUUCAUCACCGCUCUCCUGGAGGUCCAAAACAGGCAGAAGGAACACAGAGAGCUGGUGAAGAAAAGAAGGAAAGAGAAAGGGCUGAGCCUUCAGAGCAACCGCCCUGAGAGACACGGCCAGAUGCCCAUGAAGCGUUUCAGCAUGGAGGGACUCUCAAACAUCCUGCAGACGGGAAUCAGGCAAACGUUUGGGAAUUCCGGGAACGAGAAGCAGUAUUUGAACACCGUCAUCCCAUACGAGAAGAAAGCCACGCCCCCAUCUGUGGAAGACUUGGAGAUGCUGACAAACAUAUUGUUUGCAAUGAAAGAAGACAGUGAAAAGGUUCCCAUGUUAUUAACGGACUACAUUUUAAAGGUGCUGUGCCCAACCUAACGCGUCCUGUCACCAGCACCAAUCAGGGAGAACGUAUGUGUUACACCAGGACUGCAUGACAUAACAUUUAAAUUUGCAUCGAAUUAAUCCAAAACGACACGCCGGUAUUAUUACCUAUUGCUUUCUCAUCGAUUUAACCUGCUCAGAGAAACCCCGGAAUUUUACCUCCUUCCCCCCCAUUUAGAUUUUUAUGUUGACUUGACCUCUGAAUCUUCUAGCAGCACGUCUGCCCUCUGCUGGCCACAGGUAGUAGUACAGGUGUGUUUAUAGCAGGCUCCUUCCUUCUUGUUGUCAUAACCAAGGUAAAAAUGAUCUUUUGGGACAAUUUUGUGUCAUUUGCAGGCAAGCCGUCCCUAACUAUGUAAAGUGCUUUGAAUGAAGACAAAGUGUUAUCAUUCCCUUCAUUCCUGGAGGAAGAGGAACGGAGCGCCAGAUAAUACAAUCCUAUACAGUCCUUCCUGAGCCCAACCAGCCAUUGCAUUGACCAUGGCGGCCUGUUCCUAUUCGUCCCUUCGGCUCCAGGUUAUCUGUACCGGGUUCAUGUUUACGGAAUCCAAAUUCCAGUUGGUUCGCCAUUUUUUUUUUUUUUUUGGGGCGAAGUUCAGUCUCUUGUACCUUGGUGUCGAUCUUUUCCUUGUAUCCAGUUAUUUUGUGGACGUGUCGGGAGAAGAUACCGGAUUGUAUGUCACGUGUGUCGCGCUUUGCCAAACAAGUAGCUUUAAUGGAAAGCGUUUCCUUACCUCUGAGUAUCACCGGAAGUAUUAUCAUCCGCCCCGCCCCCGCCCCGCCCCCUCCCCCAUCACACUCUAAUUUAUCAUUUAUGCAGCAAUACGGUACCUCAAGACGGACAGACGGGCGAGGUGGCGGCUCCGCCACAAAGGAAGGUCUCUGUACAUUGUAGUGUGUUAGAAUGUAUCUUUGCGAUUAUAAUUACAUGAUAGUAAAAUAAAUCUCAUGUAGUGA